GGCGGUAAUCAUCGUCACAUGAAGACCAUGAUGGGCAAUGCAUCACGUGAACGAACAUGUACAAGCGCCCUCUAUAAUUAAAUCUGUGAUUGGUGGUUUACGCUUGGGUCGCCAUUUUGCUCACGUGUAAAAGGAAGAACGGCAAUAUGACGCAGUACGUUCGCACAGUCGAGGACGAAAAUGAUCCGGAGCCGAUGGAACUCCCAGUCGAGACAGACGGAACAAUUCUGUUAUCUACGCUGCACGCUCAGUACCCAGGCGCGACGGGGCUGAAAUAUCGUAACCCUGACUCUGGUGCCAUGCGUGGCUUACGUGUCGUAGAAAAUGCAAUACAACCGCCGGAUGAAGUGUGGCAUGACUAUUUGUAUGUUGCGGCUUACCCCAAAAUGUCAGUAGACAACAAACGAAAAGGGGAGGAAACUCAAGACAUACCAGUUGGAAAAACACGAAAAGUAGAGAGGAACAAGUCUACAGAUCUGAUUGUUCUUGGUCUCCCAUUUCAUACGAAGCUCGAAGACAUGAAGGCUUACUUUGAGCAGUAUGGAGCACUUGAACUGUCCGAGAUAAAGAAUGACCAUAUAACAGGGAAGUCAAAAGGCUUUGGCUUCGUUAGGUUUAAAGAUCCAACGGUGCAAGACAAGGUGGUCUCGAGGCGGCAUCAAAUUGAUGGCAGAUGGUGUGAUGUUAGAUAUCCUGAUCGUGGUUACCCCGAAAGAGAACAAAGCAAGAAAAUUUUUUUACGUCGUGUUGGCGAUGGAACGACCUCGGAGGAUCUGUAUUCUUACUUCGGUCAGUUUGGAGAGGUCACGGACGUGUACAUUCCUACGCCGUUCCGCGGCAUCGCAUUUGUAACUUUCGCAGAUUCGGAGGAUGCUAUGAAACUGCUAGGAGAGGAUCGUACAAUUAAGGGUUUUAGUGUACAUAUAGACAGGGCGGAGCCGAAACACUCUAGGCAGUUUAUGCAACGAGGUAUGAUGGACAACAAUCCGGUCGUGCAAAUCAUGCAAGGAUAUGGAGGGGGUGGAGGCGGUGGUGGAGGGGGACGAGAUUAUUAUUCUGGUCAUGGUCGCUACGGUGAUCGAAGUCGAGGCAACAUGCGGCGUGGUAAUUACUACGAUGACAGACGGUCCAACAGCUAUGGAGGAGGUUCAGGUAACAGCAGUAUGAAUACGGGAGGUGGGGGUGGAGGUGGAGGAGGAGGAGGAAGUGGAGGAGGGGCAAGUGGGAUGAACCAGUUGGGUAACCUCUCCCUUAAUGCUAUGGUAGCCGCCACUGCACAGGCCCUAGCCCAGAAUUUCAACAUGAUGGGAAUGAUAAAUCAAGGAACAGGCAGUGGUGGCCAGGGCCAGCAACAGCAGGCUCAACAACAACCACCACAACAGGCUCAGCAAACUGGUUUCAAUGACGGCCAGGGAGCCCUUGGCUGGGGUGCCGGUAAUACAGGGGACACAAGUAAUAUGAGUACCAUGGGAGGUGGGUUUUUUACCACUGGUUCAAAGGGAGAUGCGAGUUGGUAAAUUGCUAUUCAACAGUGUUAGAGAUUAACUGAGAUCCCACAAUCUAGUCUGAUAAAACAAUACUCUAAUAAUCUCAAUUUCAUAACUAAACUUGUAUAUAAUUAAUGUUUACAGAAGGCACUGUUUUCUGGAGGUUUUAUUUAAUUUGGUGUCCAUAAUAAAUAAUUUGAGUAAUGUUAUCCAAUUUCAGAUUGGUGUCAAACAGUAUGGGGAAACAUGGAGGUUUUCUGUACCUCCAUAAUUUCUUUAACAACAAGAUAGAUAAAUAUCAAACUUUGUUAAAGUAGUUAAUUGCAAUAUAACUCAAGUUAUGUAACUGAGUUUAGUAUGAGUGUGACUUGAAUAUUGCUUGUACAGAAGAUAAUCUGAGAAAGAAGAUGAAUCUUUUCUAUGUAUGUUUAAAAAAUGUGAGAAUCUGGUGUGGAGUUGGUUUUAAUUGAAACUAAGUUUUUAUGUAGGUUUAUGUCCUAAUAAUUAAAGACCAUCUGGUUUUGUUUUUGUUUUUUUGUCCUUAGCCAUCUAUAUAUUUUGGAAGCCAAUAUUUUGUAAUAACUUACCGCUAUCUAGUUACUAUGUUAGUAUAUUAUGUGAAUACUUACUUGAUUUAUGCCAUUUCUCUGAAGUGAAAACACCAUUGAAUGUGAAUGUACAGUACAUAAUUUCAGAUGAUGAACUUUGUGCUAGCAUGGUUGGAAAAGAGGGUUUUUUAUGCAGGAUGGACAGUUCCAUUAUUUUUAAAGGGUUUUCUCUUCAAUAAGAAAUUGCAUCUAUCAGUUUAUUUCCCUGAAGUGAAUACACCAUUUGACGUGAAUGUACAGUACAUAAUUUUUCAGAAGAUGAACUUGUGCUUUCAUGGUUGCAAAGAGUUUUUGGUGGAGGAUGGACUGUCCCAUUAUUUUUACAAGGUUUUCUCUUCUAAAAGAGAUUGCAGCAAUCAGUUAAUUUCCCUAAAGUAAAAACACCAUUUAAGGUGAAUGUACGAUACAUAAUUUCAGAUGAUGAACUUGUGCUUGCAUGGUUGCAGGAUGGACAGUUCCAUUAUUUUAAAGGAUUUUCUCUCCUUAAGAAAUUGCAUAAAUCUGUUAAUUACCUUGCUCACAACUGUAAGUUGCCAACAUUACCAUAAAAUUGUAAUUUAUCCUAUAAAUUUUAAACAAAGUUGAUAUUUGCUUGCUAUGUGUUUGAAUAUGUAUGAAGGUGAUGAAUUAUUAAUGAGAUACUGUUGGUUCAUAUGGUGAUUCUUUCUUUGAAGUUUAACAUAGUCUGCUUAGUAACUAGAGUUAAAUGUUGAACAGAUGAAAAACAUUUGUAAAAACUAGUUGAUAGAAUACUCAGUAUUGUGAAUUAAGCUGGUGAGGUCAGAGGUUGAACAAUUAAAAAAGUAUGUAUAAGUUAAUGUAAUAUGAUGAUGGUGAAAUUAAGGCACAUUUAUGAAAAGAUGUUACCAGUGAGGAGUACAAAAGAUGUCAAAGGUCAAUUUCCUGUGAUUGUGCAACUAGUUAAUGUAAUGAUGGUGAAAUUAAAGCACAUUUAUGAAAAGAUGUUAACAGUGAGGAGUAAAAAAGAUGUCAAAGGUCAAUAUCUGUGUUUGUGCAAGUUGUUAAUGCAGUAUGAUGAUGGUGAAAUUAAGGCACGUUCAUGAAAAUAUGUUACAGUGAGGAGAACAAACGAUGUCAAAGGUUAAUAUCCGUGCUUGUGCAAGUUGAUGAAAAUUCGUAUUUUGUAUAUUUUCCCACAAAAACGUGAGAACAUUUUUUAAAAGCUUACCAAUAUGACAAUGAUGUUGAGGUUAAGAAGUAAUUGGCAUUAAACGCCUUUUUAGUCUGUGUCUUACUGUUUAUAUUAAGUUGUAGAGUGGAUGUUAAGAGAACCAAGCCUGUUCUCGCGUGCUAUUUGAGUACGACUGUCAGAGAGAGCGAAGCACUUGCAGUCGAACGGUAGCUAAUAAAGAAUGAUUUUUGUGACGAAGUGAUUGUGUAUUGUCUUGCUGUCAAUAUGUUUUCUGAGAUGCUGAGUUUUUCACAUGACGUAGGCACCUCUUCAAAGCUGCGUGCGCUGAUGUUUUCAUUUCGUCCCUGUCCGUUCUGACUGAGCCCUAUCUAGACUGAGAAUAUUUCGAAAAUAUGGUUAAAGCUCUGUCCACACUAAUUUAUGUGAUGUGUCCCUAUAUGGUCAUGAUGAUGUCAUAUUACACCCAAAUAUGGGCAUAUUACAUUGGUUUGUCACAUACAGUUUAAAAAUUGUGGAGAGAUCUUUACAAACUCAACAUAUUUGGGAGAGUCUAAUGAAUGUAUUUGAAGAGAGGUUGCCAUGAAGGCCAAUUCGGAUAGUGUUGUACGAUGCACCACCGCGAUUUGCUGUCGCUUUGGGUCUGUGUGGGUUAAACGCAGACGCGAUGGUUUGCGUCGGGGACAGUUGCAUCAUAGAAUAUUAAACAUGUUUAAUAUUUCUCACACCAGCUUAAGACUCCCCGACGAUGAAUUGCAUUAAGCUGCGUCGUACGACACUGUCUCAGUUGGCCUUAAUAUCCGUGAGUUUUUUUUAUGUACUGUUGAACUGCAACCUAAUAACAAGAAGUAAUGAGAAACACUGCACAGGGAUUUUUGUACAAUAAGAGGUGAAAGAAAGGACAUGUACGGUUAGACUGUUUGAGAAGAGAAUCGUAUACGUUGACCAUAAAUGAUGCGGUUUAUGGUUGAUAUUGCGUAAAAGGGUGAAGGAAGACAACUGGAGACGAUGGAUGGAUGUUGCAUUAUGGGAUGGAUGAUUCAGAGAUGGCUUCUUUUCGUCAGACUAACUUAAUACUAUAUGCGAGGAGUGAGGUGAUAGCGGCUAUUUGAUGGUGGGCUAAGAGUCUUCGUUUCUUAAUGAUUAUACUAUAGAGGACAAUAUGUCGAUAUGAUCGGCACCGCGACUGGCGGUGAUGGUAUUCGGACUCAAUCGUGUGUAAAUUAAAGUGUCGUUUAACGUGCCAUUCAGGUGAUGAUAACCACUACCGCAUUUCAAGUUAUUGAUUAGAUAAUUUAAUUAGGUACGUAAUCAAAUAAUAUAAGUAAAAAAUAAACGAUUUAAUAUUUUUUUACCGAGGAAAAUAUAGUAGUGUAGCCUAUUAAGAGAAAUUAAAAUUAAAAGAAACUUAAAAUUCACCCAUGAAAAUGUUACCAUUCUACUGUAAACAUAAAAAUUUGAAAUUAUAUGCAAUUUUAGGAUGUUACAAACUCUUAUGUUUUAACAUAACUAAGUAAAAAAAGGCAAAUAAUAACCCUACAAAAUUCAAACUUUAUAGGGUGAGGCUUUUUUAGUACCUUGUUAAGUGAACUUACAGUAGGCGUAGAUAUCACGAGGUGGGGUACUGUAGUAGUGAAUAGCCCAUAGAUGGAAAAAUAUAUGUUGUGCAAUGGUGUAACAAAAAGACUUGAGGCCCCUGGGCAAGGCUUUUUCAGGCCGUAAUACCGUGGGGCUCAGGGAUAUUUGACAAAAAAAUUUUGGAAUAUGAUUAAUGAGAUACAGAUUUUUAAAUAUUUAAAAACUGGAGGAAAAGGUGGGAAAAGUGUGGUGUACUGCAAAAUGAGUCUCAUAGUUAGAAAAUAAAAAAUUGAGUUUAUAUUAUAUUUAUGUAAAUCACAUUAUAAGCUUUAAUUUGGUAUUUGAAUGGAAUCCCUAGGAUAAAUUUUGAGAAAAUUGGCCUCAAAGAUAAACUAACCUGUACAAACAAUAGUAAUAGAAUUACAGAAUACAUGUGAGGAGAACACUGUUUUAGGUUGAAAAUUCAUUUAAAAAGUAUACAAUCAUAAAAUAUAAAUAUCAAGUUAUUCAAAAACAUUAAAAUCAAAAUUUUGCAAAAUUUGACUUUGUGACCAAUUUUGGUGAAUAUCUCAAUAUGAUUUCACCAACGAUGCAUCUCAUUUUGUGGUGAGACCUCACAAAUAUGCUUUUUGUCUCUGGCUUUUAAAGAGCCCUGUUAGGCCACGGUCCUGGCAAAAAUACAGUAUGCCAAUUAAUAGGGAGUUUUUGAUUUGUGUGACGAUGUGACGCUAGAACAGAAUCACUCAUGCGUGCCUGUCCUGCCUAGCGUCCUACGUUCUCUGCAUACCUACAUUCGGCCAAAUUGCGUUCCAAAAUCUACUCGAUGAGCUGACCUUAACGUUCUUGCAUGCGUAGAUGACUUUUAGUGAGGUCAUUACGUUCUACCGUCGCCGUGAAAUCGAAAACUUCCUAAUAUCGCAGGGCAGGUGUUACGCCACUGACAAUAUAAGUGACUUGUUAUAAAUUUCAUAUUUUUUUGUAUAUUGUGUAAUGUAUACAUGUUUAUUUUAUCAUGGUAUUAACACUUCUAUUGAUUUAAUUUUUGUCAAAAUGUUCUCUUUACCUUAUUAGGCGUGUGCAUCUGAAUCCACCUGUAAAUCAGUUGUCCGCCCGUAUUUCCAUGCCUGCCGCAUAAUGCAGCUGAGUCUCCGAUGUAAUAACUAAUAAACCCUAAACAGGGUCCUAGAUGUCUUGUUCUAUAGUUCUGUCCACUCUAAAUCUUAUUUAUGUAAUAAAUAUCUGAUUUGACCAUAUAUGGGAAUAAUAAGACAUCAUUCUCAUAUAUGGACAAAUUACAGAAAUUAAAACAAUUACGUGAAGCCUGGAAUAUGAGGAACAUGGGAUCCUUAACUCUGGUUUUAUAAAUUUAGUUCAUUUUCUUUGUCACUCUUAAGCUGCAUUUACAUUAGACACGAUACGACAUAUCAUUGCUUCGUUUAUAUUCUUCAACACUGAGCGUAUUUUUUGUCGUGUCGUUAUCAUGUCUAGUGCAAGUGUAACUUUGGUGUUGCAGUCAAUUGUUGAUCUGUGAGGCCUUAUAUUUUCCCAGAUAAGCGUAAAGCCCUUGUUGUAGUACGUUUUCACCUUAACUAUGCUGACUUGAAAGCCCUGUUUAGACUAUCAAUUUCAUGUUUGACAAAAAAAAAUGUGACACGCCUAAAAAUGGUCAUGAUGUCAUCACAUCAUGACUAUAUAUGGGCAUACAACAGUUUUUUGUCGAAGAAAAUCUAAUAGUGUAGACAGAGCUUAAGAUAUGUUCAGGAAAUGGUAAUACAUAGUAACGUUAUUACCUCUCAGGUUUUGAUACAUGUUUAUUUUUGGCCUUGUCAAAGUUUGUACUAAUUUUACUAAAGGAUGGCAACAAUUAUACUAUAUAAUUGUUCCAAAAACGAGAUUCUUUUAAGAAGUGUAAUGUAUUAUUUUUAUUUAUAUAAAUUGAACAGAAUUGAAGAGAAGAUGCUGCAUAUUUUUGUAUGGUUUAUUACCUUAAACAACCAUCAAUCCAAUUCCUUGUACAGUAUACCUUUAGUUUCAUAUUUUCCUGUGGCUAUCAAUUGCUAGCCUAUGACUAUAAACUUGCUAGUUUGUAUCCUUCAAUAUUGAUGUUAUUAGUGAAAAGAUCUUGGGGAUUCAGUGGUGGAUCUAGGAUUUAGCAAUGGGGUGUGGAUAAUGGGAGGUGAGAAGGACCAAGCAGGGUGGGGGGGGAUGUGGGAGGGGCGUCCACUCCCAUUUGAGAUUUGUUUGAAAUUAGUAGACUGCUAGACGAUCUUAAUUGCAUCUGAAAAGAAGUAAGCUUAAAAUAGAAAGGGUAUUUUUUAUCAGAGUACACAAGAAGCACACACACAAGACAAGUGACCAUUAAUUUUUUUUCAUGGUAAACGAACGGGGAUGGUUAGCCAUCCUAUUCACCCCCUCUAGAUCCGCCACAGGGAUUAUCUAUUGAAUUACAGUAGAGUAUAAAGUUGUUGGUGCAUCACUAUCUCUUGUCAGCUGGUAUGUUAUACCUGUACUGUAUAAUAGAUCUCAUUAAUGUUUUCAUUUCGACUGCCAGUGGUAAUAGUCAGCUCAGGGAACUCGCUUCUUCUCAGUUAGUUCAAGUCCUGGUUUUACAAAGACAAAAAAAAAAACAAUAUAAAAAUCAUAAUUUUGUGGAAAGCUUUUGAGCCGUCAAACUUUACUCUCCCAAUUUAGUGUUGUGUUUAAACUAAUGUACUAGACUAUUUGUAAUCACAAUUUUAUUACAAAUUUAAACCAGAAAAUUAAUUUGUUUAUUGAAUGCAAAAUGUUUAUUGAUGGAUUAUCCAACCUUAUUAAGGGUUUGGUACUAAAGUGAUUUUUCAUAGCUUUUUUAUUCAAGAAAUGUUACAAGAAUACUGCACAGUACAGUACUAUCAAGAUGACAAUAAGCAUACUCAUAUUUUUGCUUUUAAAAUAGCAGUACCCUAAACAAGAAUGGUACUCUGCCAGGAUUGGCUGGAGUGAUGUUACAUGACAUUGGUAUUAUUUGAAUGCACAAUCCAAUAAUAUAAAACUUUAUCGGCACCAUGUGACAAAUAACCUGUGAUUUGCCGAUGCAAAUGAGGUAUGACGUCAUCAUGUCCAUAUAUGGAUGAUAUAUGAUAUCAUCAUGCACAUAUAUGGACAUUAUAUGACAUGAUCAUGUCCAUAUAUGGGAAAUUCACACAAAUUGUUCACGUAAUACAGUCGCGUGGUCAGCUUCUUGGAAAUCAACAAUUAUGUGGUUGAUAAUGGGUAUUUGAAUUCAAGAACUUUGUUCAAUACAUUUUUCUCAAAAACUUGUUAUGUACAGUACCUUUUUCUCCAUACCAAAGUUGCUAUCAUAGAACUGUGAGUGUAUAUUUGAAAUAUCCAUUUAAUUUUGCAGGCAAAUAUACUUGGUAGAGUUUUUACCUUUGAGGAUUAAAUGCAUGCAAGUGGGUACCAAGUAUUCUUAAAAAUCUAUGGUCAUCAUAAUUCAUAUCAUAAUUGAGGGCACUAAUAUGAUAAAUCUGAUCAUAAUACUGUGCAGUAACAAUUACUAUGGAAACAACUCGCAGUUGAGAUUUUUACAAAUUAUUGAGUACUUUGACUAAAUAAAUUGAUCAUUUGAA